UCAUCCGCAUACAGCUUCCUACAAAUCCGCAUUUUUUUUUUUUUGUAUCGCUUGUUUACUGGAUUAUACACUACACCGAUUUAUGCGGACUUUUCUACGAUUUGUUUUCCAAGCUGCGCUGCGGAAAUAUCUUUGAAAUCAUCCGGGAUAGAAACCAGAAGUGCCAACCGCAGGAAUCGGUUUGUGUGUGUAUUUCAACACCAGUUUAAUUUCCCAUUGUGUGUGUUUGUGGAGCUCUAAAGGCCAAGACUUUUCAUUCUCAGUCUAAUCAUGUACCAAGUUGUAAGGAAACUGUUUUUUACGGACUGCCGGUGUGCAGAAGAUGCAUCCAAAACGUACGAGGAGCUGUUCGCUAAACUGGACACCAACAAGGAUGGGAAAGUGGAUGUGUCCGAGCUGAAGGCAGGCCUGGCUGCCAUGGGCAUCCAAACUGGGAAAGCAGCAGCUCAGAAAAUAGUUUCUUCUGGAGACCAAAAUAAAGAUGACAGUCUUGACUUCAGUGAGUUCUCCAAGUAUCUAAAGGAACAUGAGAAGAAGUUACAGCUGACCUUCAAAAGCUUGGACAAAAACAAUGAUGGCCGGAUAGACUUCACGGAAAUCCAGCAUUCACUUGCAGAUUUAGGGAUGGACAUCAGCAAGGAGGAGGCAGAGAAGAUCCUUCAAAGUAUUGAUGUGGACGGCACCAUGACUGUGGACUGGAAUGAAUGGAGGGAACAUUUCCUGUUUAACCCAGCCACCAACCUGCAGGACAUUAUCCGCUACUGGAAGCACAGCACGGUGCUGGACAUUGGUGACAGCCUCGCCAUCCCGGAUGAGUUCACAGAGGAGGAGAAGACCACCGGUCUGUGGUGGAGGCAGCUGUCUGCGGGGGCCAUGGCAGGUGCAGUGUCCCGUACAGGCACCGCCCCGCUGGACAGAAUGAAAGUCUUCAUGCAGGUGCAUUCCUCCAAGAGCAACAAAAUCAGCCUGGCUGGUGGUUUCAAGCAAAUGUUAAAGGAAGGAGGGGCGAUGUCUCUGUGGAGAGGAAACGGUAUUAACGUCCUGAAGAUCGCCCCUGAGACGGCCAUUAAAUUCAUGGCCUAUGAGCAGUAUAAGAAGCUGCUGUCCAGUGAACCAGGGAAGGUCAAGACUCAUGAGAGGUUCAUGGCUGGAUCGCUGGCCGGAGCAACAGCACAAACAGCUAUUUACCCCAUGGAGGUGAUGAAAACUCGGCUUACCUUGCGGAAGACCGGACAGUACUCAGGAAUGUUUGACUGUGCCAAGAAAAUCGUGAAGAAGGAGGGAGUGAAGGCAUUUUAUAAGGGCUACAUUCCCAAUAUUCUGGGCAUCAUUCCCUACGCAGGGAUAGAUCUUGCGGUGUAUGAGAGUUUGAAAAACUUCUGGUUGGCCAACUAUGCCAAAGACACAGCCAACCCAGGUGUGUUGGUGCUGCUGGGCUGCGGUACCAUCUCCAGCACAUGUGGCCAGCUGGCCAGUUACCCCCUGGCUCUGAUCCGCACCAGGAUGCAGGCGCAAGCUUCAAUCGAAGGCUCAGAGCAGCUACCGAUGAACCUGAUGGUGAAGAAGAUUCUGGAGAAGGAGGGCUUCUUCGGACUUUACCGCGGCAUCCUGCCUAAUUUCAUGAAGGUCAUCCCAGCUGUCAGCAUCAGCUAUGUGGUGUAUGAGUACAUGCGGUCUGGCCUGGGUAUUCAGAAGUAGAGAGCAGAGCAUUUUUAUUAUUAAACACUUCCCUUUUAACACAUUCAGGAAACUGGCAUGUAAAGAACUUGUUUACCUAUAGGUCACAGAAGUCUGGACUCAAACUGCUGCAGAUGGAGCCAUUGUAGAAGUUCUUAAAGCAAUUGCAGGACUUUGGCUGAACUCUUGAGCCACUAUGCCAAAGACAUUGUUUAAAAAAAUCGUGUAGCACUAACAAAGGACUGAUCAAUAAUGAGACUUCUACAAUGUUUCCAUCUAUAUGAAGUUUGUCCAAACUGCGUUUACAAGGCACCCGCGGCUCAAGUGUCGCAGCACAGUUGGGGUCAACUGACUUUUAGUAAAAUCAACCAAAGAGAUAGAUAUUAAGAAUCUGAAAACCAGAAGAAAAAAAACACAUGGAGAAGUUUAUUUUCAUUUAUUUCAUUACAUAUUUGUUUUGUUUAAUUGUCUGUUUGAGUAGAAAUGCCAAUGUUUUUUUAUCAGACAUUUUAUCUAUGGGUAAUAUUAUGUGACUGCACCAGAAAUGUGUCGCACGUUCUUCUAAAAGUUGACCAAAAAGCACCUUAUUGUACCAAAUUAAGCCGUCACCUGGUGAAAUGGAACACCUGCAGAAGUGGAAUAACCCAUUUUUGUUCUUUUGUUUUGCUUUUGUUGUUUCAUUAUCAAAAGAAGAGAGAGCAAAAGAGGAAAACAAAACAUUUUAGACAGUCUGUCACCGUUAUAACAUCUGCAGAAAUAUUGUGUAAAAUGUUCCUUUGGAGCGGAGAGUUGUUUCACAUAGGAAUCUGAGGAAACUUUUGAAGUGCAAUACUGUGUUUAGUCAUUCAAACACUUAUUUUUUGUUGGAGACAAGAGUGUCCUUUUUAGAAAUGGAUUUAACUUGAGUUUCAUUGGUUCCACAAAGGCUCCUUUUUAUAGGACAUCAUUAUUGCACAUGUUUCAGUGAGAAGAUGGUGAACAGGGAGUAACGUGCCUUAAGUGAUUUUCCUCAGAUGUCUGUGAAUAUCUCCACCCUCCAUUUUCUUGCCUUUCUUUCCAAUAUUUGGUGAAUUAGAUGCUGGUGUUUA